GAUUUGUGGAUCACAAAUAAUAAUAAUAAUGCCAUAAAUAAUUUUACAUAGCGGUGCCUUCAAAUAGUUCUUAACUUAGUUAACAUUUUCCUACACAGGUAUGUGGAAAUGGGAGAAAAGUGUCCACGAAUUUUCAUUAAAGAAUGGUGGAGUUGCUGAAAUUCUUUUUGGCACAUAUUCUAUUUUUGUUGUUACAGACCCGGAUGACAGUUUGACCAUAGCCAAUUCAUGUUACAGUAAACCUUCUAUCUAUGACUUCGCAAAAGAAAUGUAUAAUAGAGGCCUAGUCACUGCUGGUGAGUCAACAUGGAAGUCGCAUCGUAAGCUUCUAAACCCAUCAUUCCGACAACAGGUUCUUAACUCUUUACUAGAUAUAUUCAGCGAGCAGGCUGAAACAUUAGUCUCCAAUCUAGAAGCAGAAGUCGGGAAGCAUUCUUUUGACGUGGAACCGUACUUAAUAUCCCAUUUUAUUAACACUGCUAGCCAAACGACUCUGGGUCUGAAAACAGACGACGACAGUGUUAUCACAAAACAUUACGGCCCUGCAACGAAGGGUCUAUUUGAAAUUUAUCUAGAUCGCUUCGUGAAACCCUGGUUGCAUGUACAGUGUUUGUACAAAAUAAGUUACUUGAAGCAAAAGCAGGACGCUCUCAUGAAAAUCAUUAGUGAUAUUUCUAUUUCGAUAAUAAAACAACGUAAACUAGAACAAAAGCAAAACCGAGCAUUGAAUUACGAACAUUUGUCAACAUCAGAUAAGUUCAAACCACUGCUCGAUCAAUUGUUGGAAUUAGCUGAUACUAAAGACGCCUUCACUGACGACGAAAUUGCAGAACACCUUAACACAAUGGUAACCGCUGCGUACGAUACUACUGCUAAGGCCUUGUACUUCAUAUUGAUACUACUUGGAUCUCAUCAAGAUGUUCAAACGAGAAUUUUUCAAGAACUUCACGAAGUAUUAGGAGCGGAGCUUGCACAAGACAGAAACUUGAACAAACAUGAUUUACAAGGACUUGUGUAUUUAGAAGCUGUGAUAAAAGAGAGUUUGCGGUUAUAUCCCCCAGCGCCAAGAAUAGCACGAUAUCUCAACGUAGAUGUGAAACUAAAAAACUACGUAUUGCCAGCUGGAUCCACGGGAGUUAUAUCAGUUCACUCAAUCAACCGGCAUCCGAUGUGGGGCGCAGACGCGGACCUGUUCAGACCUGAGCGGUGGCUGGACCCCGCCUCACUGCCUGACAAUCCCAACGCAUUCGCCAGCUUUAGCUUGGGCAGGCGUAACUGCAUCGGAAAGACAUACGCCAUGAUGGCACUUAAAACAACUCUAGUACACUUAUGUCGGCGGUACCACAUCAUCAGCCUAACAUCAAAUCUACAGAUACUCUGUCAUGCUCUCCAAAGCCCAGUUCAUGGACAUCAUAUAAGUAUAGAACUCCGAACCUUAUGUAUUGAGGGUGUAAAUCAACCGUGA